AUGGAUCGCGACAGCAGAAUAAUCACCCCUCGCGAGGUUGAGGGCAUGAUUGCCGACGGCAAGACCAUUGUCAUCCUCGACGAGUUGGUGCUCCGUCUCGACGGUUGGCUUGAGAAGCAUCCCGGUGGCCGCUUGGCGAUCCUGCACAUGGUUGGAAGAGAUUCGACCGACGAGAUCAAAGUGUAUCAUUCGCCAGCCACGUUGAAGACCAUGAAGGCCUUCCGGAUCGGCCGGAAGCCUGCGGGUCCUUGGAUCAACAUGACACCACCAAUUAGGGGCGGCGUCUACACCAAACAAGACACCACGCCUGCAGAUGUUACCGAUGCAGAUGCAGACAUCGUCGAUUGCCCCUCGUCAGAUCUCGACGAGGAUUCUACCGACGAUGCCGGUAGCGAAAUCUCCGACAGCAGAAGCUCCCGCACUUCCCUAACCUCCGAAUGCGACAGUGCGGAGGAGGGGUCCAAGGUCGAGCCCAAGGUCGAGACCGGCAUCCGUCGUCGCCUUGCUGCCCAUGGCGACCUCACCGACGACUUCGCCGACGGCCCCGUGCUGUCGAACCGCAGUCACUCUCCCAGGACCGCUGCUCAGCACACCGACUGGGCUAUCCAGCAGGGCAUCAACAAGGACUUGGAGGAGUACCCGUCCCUCGACCCUGCCGUCCAGCAGGACAUUCAGGUCAAGUACCGCCUGUUGCAUGAGCGCAUCAAGGACGCCGGUCUCUACCACUGCCCCUACCUCGACUAUGGCAAGGAGAUGGCGCGUUACACGACCCUGUUCGUGUCCUUCCUUGUGGCACUUCACUACGAGUGGUACAUGACCUCUGCCUGCUUCUUGGGUCUCUUCUGGCACCAAAUCAUGUUCACCGCCCACGAUGCUGGACAUGGAGCCAUCACCCACAACUUCUCAUUCGACACCCUCGUCGGCCUCUUCAUCGCUGACUUCUGCUGCGGUCUGUCCAUGGGAUGGUGGAAGAGCAGCCACAACGUCCACCACCUCAUCACCAACCAACCUGAACACGACCCCGAUAUUCAGAACGUCCCUCUCUUCGCCACUUGCCCCUCCUUCUUCAAGUCUCUGCGCUCGUCCUACUACGACUUCACCUUCGUCUGGGAUGCCGCCGCCGACUUCCUUGUCCAGUACCAGCGCUUCACCUACUACCCCGUCAUGGGCAUCGCGCGCUUCAACCUGUACCUCCUCUCAUGGCUGCACGUUCUCUCCACCAAGUCCUCCGCCCUCGGCAACAGCAAGGCCUGGUGGAUUCGCCCUACCGAGAUCGCCUUCAUGAGCUGCUUCUGGUACAUCUUCGGCUACCGCCUGCUGAUCUGCACUCUGCCCACCUGGCCCAUCCGCGUCGCCUUCGUCCUGAUCUCGCACAUCAUCACUAUGCCGCUGCACGUCCAGAUCACCCUCAGCCACUGGGGCAUGUCGACCUCGGAUCUCGGCGAGAGCGAGUCCUUCCCCCAGCGCCAGCUGCGCACCACCAUGGACGUCGACUGCCCGGCCUGGUUGGACUUCAUCCACGGCGGCCUCCAGUUCCAGGCCGUCCACCACCUCUUCCCCCGCGUGCCCCGCCACAACCUGCGCAAGGCCCAGGUCUUCGUCAGGGAGUUCUGCGCGGACACUGGCAUCCCGUACUCGAUUCUGGGAUUCGUCGAUGGUAACAAGAAGGUUCUGGGUAGACUUGAGGAGGUCAGCGAUCAGCUCAAGAUCAUGCUCAACUGCCAAAAGUUCAUGGCCGAGACGGGCGAGAGCGGGCUGCAUUAG